CGGAGAAGCCGCGCCAUCACCCAGUGAAUCACUCAUUUACCGAAGCGAAGUGGAGUGAGUCUCAAAAAGAAAACUGCUAUUUUCUUCGGUUUAGGCAGCGGAAGGUGUUUUGGGGUCUUCUUUCAUCAUUCCUCAAGGUGGUGAUUUAAUGGAGAAAUGAUCAGUCUCUGAUCUAUUCAUUAAUCUAGCUUGGGUUUAGUUACAGAACAAGAACAUGGGUGUGGCAAAGGAUAGGCUCAGUGACUUACAUGACCCACUUCUUCACCAUAUCUUCUCAUUCCUUCCCUUCAAAUGUGUUGUUGCUACCUGCAUUUUGUCUAAAAGAUGGAAGGACUUGUGGAUAUCUUCUCCUGUUCUCAAUAUCCAAGAAUGGCGGAGGCACUCCCGAUAUGGGUUUAUUGAUGAAUAUUGGUCUGAGACAACCGGGUUGGUAAAUUUUAUGGAUAGACUGCUGGAUCAAUCUCACCCUCUAUUUCGUAAUGAUUUGCCGAAUAUGAAGAAAUUUUGUCUUGAUUAUGAUAGUACCUAUGCUAAUGGUAAGAUUUCUGGAUGGAUCCAUACUCUAAUGAUGCGUAAAGUUGAGGAGAUCAGUCUUUGUAUACCCAUAGAGUUUGUGGUGCCGAUGGGUUUGUUCACUUGUGAAACUCUCACUGUGUUAAAGAUAGAAAUGUCUGGGGAUCUUUCAGCGAAAAUCAAAAAGAUUGGGACUCUUCGUGCUGCUGAAACAAUUUCAUUUCCAAGGCUCAAGAUUCUUCACCUGAAGCAUAUGAUAUUUGUGGAUGAGAGCUUGAAUGCACAAUUAUUUUCUAAUUCCCCUGUCCUCGAAGAAUUGAUGUUAAGUAACUGUUACAUGGCGAUAACAAAGGUUUUACAUAUUUCAGUUGCUUCAUGGAAGCGGUUAUGCAUUACAAACUCCAAGAUGUAUAGUUGCAAGCUCAAGAUUUAUGCACCAAAUCUACAGUCUCUAACAUACAAUGGCAUGACAGAGGGUUAUGCUAAUAAAGAGCAUGUGUUUUCAUCAAUAGUUGAUGCACACAUUGACAUUACUUAUGAAAGUCGUACAAAUAAAAAUUCCAAAAGACGAUGUGGCCUAAAAGAUCUCGUUGAAGGCAUUUCAAAUGUAAAGAUCCUACACAUUUCUGGCUCCAGCCUCCAGAGUUUCUUCUGGGGAGAGACGAAUCAGAUGAUGCUUAUUUUCCAUAAUUUGAGACGAUUGGACGUGAGUUCAAAGCUUUCACAUUGUAUGUUUUAUGCGUUACUUAAUCUCCUCCUUAAGGUGCCUAAUUUGGAAUCAGUUACCAUUGCUCAGGGUUUUUCUCCAUCCGAAAACUAUCGUGGUUUAGAUACAUGUGGGAGACCUAGGAGGCAGGAGUGUCUGUUACAACAUCUGAAAGCAGUCGAAGUACGGGAGAUAAAUGGGAAACAAGAAGACCUUGAUAUGAUAAAAUACUUUUUAAGGAAUUCACCUGCUCUGCAGAUAAUGACAAUUGCAUCCCUUCAAGCUUACCACAAUACAUGCAGGACAGCGUGAUGAAGAAGAUACUGAUGCUUCCAAAAUGCUCGACGUUUACAGCAUGUUUGGAUGACGCGAUGGGAAUCAUCAGUCUCAGAUCAAUCCGGCUGCUGGGGGAUUAGUUACAGAACAAGAACAUGGGUGUGGCAAAGGAUAGGCUCAGUGACUUACAUGACCCACUUCUUCACCAUAUCUUCUCAUUCCUUCCCUUCAAAUGUGUUGUUGCUACCUGCAUUUUGUCUAAAAGAUGGAAGGACUUGUGGAUAUCUUCUCCUGUUCUCAAUAUCCAAGAAUGGCGGAGGCACUCCCGAUAUCGGUUUAUAGAAAUUAGAGACGAGAACACACGUCAGGAUGAUGAAUAUUGGUCUGAGACAACCGGGUUGGUAAAUUUUAUGGAUAGACUGCUGGAUCAAUCUCACCCUCUAUUUCGUAAUGAUUUGCCGAAUAUGAAGAAAUUUUGUCUUGAUUUCAGUAGUACCUUGGAUAAAAAGCUAGGGAGAAAGGAAUUUCGUCACUAAUGGAAAUUGUGGGAUGAACAAGAGAAGCCAAGUACAUUGCAACUUUUGAAGGACUUCCAAGAAAGAGAGAGAAGCUUCAAGUUCUAAACCAAACUAAGACUGUAGUCCAUUAUAUUGGCUAUCUAGCCACCACUUAAUCUUCCGUAUGUGAAUGGACAUUCACCCCUUAUAGAGCGUCGAAGUAAUCCUUCACGAGCUGCUUUAACAUUCCCGUUUACCUCAAUUCUGUCACUUCAAGGUGCUACGUAGAAAAGAGGAUCGCUCUCCUGCGAAAAGCUUACAGAUCCAAUCAAUAAAGCACCUGCCUGCUUGAACUAAGUCGGAUUAAAAUGUACCAAGGAUUGUGGAACCAGACUCUAAUUGUGAAGGAGGACUCAGACAGCUACAGGAAGUUGAAUGGAACUAAUCAAUGUACUGAAAGAAAUGAAAUGACAGACCAGGAACGAAUUCGCCUGUUUCACGACUCUUUGCAAACUCGUAUCUUCACCAUGCUGAUGGAUCGUAAAAGUUAUGUUGUCCGGGAUUACCUACCAUUGAAUGGAUUCCGGUCCGGAUAUACGGUGAGCUAUGAAAUCGGUACACCACGCACUGUUACCUAUUCUUUUGUGGAUACUGGAAGUUAUUUAAUCUGGCUGCAGUGUAAGCCAUGCAAACGAUGCUAUAAACAAGGGACACCCAUAUUUGAUCCGAAGAGUUCCUUCACUAAUUCCAAGUUGCCAUGUCUUCACCAAGAGUGUUAUGACAAAUUCCUUAAUGUGAUACCACCGACAACACAUGUCCAUAUACAACCAAGAACGCGGAUGGCGGUUAUUCUACAGGCUAUCUAUCAACGGAAACUAUAACAACCUACCGGGAAAAUGGAAGCUUAGCUCAGUAUCCUGAAACUGUCUUUGGUUGUGGAAAUGAUAAUGUUUUCACAGUCAAUGGGAAUGGGAUGGACCCCCCAGGCAUUAUUGGCUUGAAUACACACGUAUUGUCCUUCGUUUCACAGUUAGGAGUACAAUAUUUUUCCUACUGCUUGCCUCAGAGGAAGGGUUAACUUGGUCCAAGGCGAAACAAUGCGAUAUUCCACAGAAGCUAUAGCAAUUCUUUACGCUUUGGUAAAGCAGCUUUAAUCCAGGGCGAGAAGACUCCUAUGAUAAAUGUCCAAGGUUUUUAUAAAACUCAGUAUGUCAUUAGUUUGAAUGGUGUCAGCUUUGGUUCUGUAAGGGUUUCCGCUCGAAGACUGUUCAUGCUGUUAGACACAGGCAGUUCAGUAAGUUCCUUGCCGGAAUAUAUUUACGACAAGUUGAUUGAUGUGAUGAGGAAAAAGAUCGAAGAGUUAUUUAUCGUUGAAAUUGUGAAAGAAAAGCUGUGUGUGAAAGCAAGCAAAUGGAGUGAGCUCAAGGAACUCAUGCCUACAUUAAUAUUUCAUAUUUCUGGGUUUGAUUACAAGCUAUCUUGCAGAGAAUACAUGGUAUUACCAUCAUGGUGUUAAUUUGGACGGGGUGUAUUGCUUGACUAUAGGCAAACAUGCGGCUAACUUUGUGAUUCUCGGUGCCUACCAAAUGCAAAGUGUUAACAUUGGGUUUCAUCUGGGCGACAGGAAAAUUUAUUUUGAUACCACCCUCAGGGGCGGAAGCACAGGUUGACUAAACCUGGCUGUAGCCCCCCCUUUUUCUUACAAAAAGUCACCAAGUUAGUGAUUUAGCCUUUGUCCAUUUUUUUUUUUAUGAGUUUAGUCCACCUAGUUCGUUAGUUUCCACCAAGCUUAGCAAUUUAGUGCACCUGUUUCAUAUACGUUGUUUCCUGUUAGCAAAGUAGGAAGGAAAAGAAAAAAAAGGGAGGCAGAGUUGGUCUUUGUUGUGCAGUAAUAGGGUUGCUCAGUAAAUGUUUGUUGAAAUGCUUCAAAAAUAGUGAAGUGAAGUAUUUUCGUAGUUAAUCUGUAAACUAAGGUUAACAUCUAGGUGCACGACAAUACUACGUGGAGUAUGUUUUCCUUCUCCUCCAUAUAUCGUUUCCGAGAAAGAAAAAAAUAGUCUGGCAGUAGUACAUCCUUGGCCCAAGAAUGUUGGCAGAUUGCUAAGAAACCUGUCGACGCAAACAAUAGAAGAAACACUGCCAAAGAGAAACGAAUAUGGAAGAGUAGUGGAUCCAAAACAACCAUAAGUUUUCGGCAAACAAAGACAGAGCUGCGGUCAGAGUGCAGUUAGCAGGAUGACAUGAAGGAGAAAUAGUUGGCUUAUGGGACUAUCUUCUGCAAACUAUCAAUCAGGUUAGCCUAUGCGCUAUAACAAGUCUGCAUAUUCCGUAUCUCUUUCUCUCUAAAUUUCAAGCCCCAGAUUGCCGGCUCAGACCUUCACUCGGCAGGAACGGGAACUUGAACAGGAGCAGGAAGGGGAAUCAGUUGCCAAGGGUCUCCUGUUGGAACAAUUUAUCUUCUUUUAUCUUUGGUCAUAUCCGACUUUCAGCUGGGACAAAGCAACUCAAGAGAGAAAUAUGAAGCUUCGAAAAGCGCUCCUUACAAGGCUGCAAGCUCAUGUUCCUAAAAAUAUAGGCAAGAUUGUUCGUUGGAGGCGGAGACUAUAUAGCACAUUUUUGUACAUUGCUGUUUUGCACUAAAAAUGUGUUAACAGUUCGUUUUGUUUUGGAUUUCACUUGUAAUGGAUCACAGAGAAUUAGGAAACAUAUUUUCCAAGUGAUAUAAAAUAUAAC